GAUAUAGUCCGAAUGAAAGUGAAGAUAUUCUUUCACUAUUCUGAAUUCUAUAGUGUACUCACGAUUCUUCGAGUGGAUUAGACGUCAUUUGUUUUGCUUGACUGACUCUGAGGUGUGUAAGGUUUUAUUCGAAAUUUGAUUUGUGUUUGAGGUGGAUUGCAGAGGAUUUCUAGGAUUGAAAGCAUGUUUCGGUUAGUGUUCCUAGCUUGCCUGCUGAGCCUGGCGUGGAGUCUACCCUCCACAUCGGCACAACUUCAGUUAGAUGGAAAGGGCUUUUUCGACUGGAUCAGUAAUCUCAUCGGCGUCAGCCCUGCCACCACGCUGAGACCGGUCAAUGAUCCGCCUGAAGAUUGUCCUGAUUGCCAAUGUGGUAUCGCCCGCACUCGCCGACGUAUUGUCGGUGGCUACGAAACAAAAGUCCUGGAGUUCCCAUGGAUGGCGUUACUUCUGUACAAUGGUAGAUUUUAUUGUGGAGGAUCUCUACUGAAUGAUCUCUAUGUACUGACUGCUGCUCAUUGUACUACUGGGUUCCGCAAAGACAAAAUAACGGUUCGUUUUAUGGAACACGACCGGUCCGAAGCCAACGAGACGAAGACUUUCGACAGAAACGUGGAAGCUAUUAACAGACACCUGCUGUACAAUCCUGGCACUUACGAUAAUGAUAUCGCACUUCUUAAGUUGGAUGAAAGGGUAGACUUGAGUAAAGCUGUACGACGCACUGCAGAUGGUCGCGCUGAAGAAGAAGUAAGCCCUCGUCCUGUGUGUUUGCCUUCUCCUGAACUUACCUAUACCAACUACAGUGCGGUGGUCUCUGGAUGGGGCACUACUGAAGAAGGCGGAUCUGUGUCAGACACACUACAAGAGGUGUACGUUCCCAUAAUAUCGAAUGAAGAGUGCCGGCAAACCGUUUACAAGCAACGAAUCACGGAUAACAUGCUGUGCGCAGGGGAGCCCGAAGGUGGACGUGACGCAUGCCAAGGAGACUCUGGUGGUCCUUUACACAUCUUGAACUCUAAUGCGCAAUUUCAGGAAGUUGGUAUAGUAUCAUGGGGUGAAGGCUGUGCCAGGCCUGAUGCACCCGGAGUAUAUACUCGUCUCAACAGAUACCUGUCUUGGUUAGAAAGGAACACCAAAGAUGCGUGCUAUUCUUGCCUGGUAAGCCUGGCAAGCGGUCUGCCCUCCACACCGUCAAAAAUUAAGAAGAUAGAUGAAAAGAGCUUCAUAGAGUGGGUCAAUAAUCUCAUCGGCAACGGGCCUACCAUUACGUUGCAACCGAUCAGUGACCCACCCCCAGAUUGCCCCGUUUGCCAAUGUGGUAUUGCCCGCACUCGCCGGCGUAUUAUCGGUGGCUGCGAAACAAAAGUGCUGGAGUUCCCGUGGAUGGCGAUGUUAUUGUACAAUGGUAAAUACUUUUGCGGAGGGUCUCUACUGAAUGACCUCUAUGUGCUGACUGCUGCUCAUUGUACAACAGGAUUCCGCAAGGAGAAAGUAAGAGUUCGUUUUAUGGAACACGACCGGUAUGAAGUUAAUGAGACGAAGACUUUUGAAAGAAAAGUAGACGCCAUCAUCAGACAUAUGAGGUACAACCCUGGUAAUUACGAUAAUGAUAUCGCACUUCUAAAAUUGGAUAAAAGGGUGGACUUGAGCAACGCUCUAAAGCGAAAUGGAGAUGGUCCCACUGAAGAAGAAGACGUAGGUCCUCGUCCUGUAUGCUUGCCUACAGCUGGACUUUCCUACACCAACUAUAGCGCAGUAGUCACUGGUUGGGGUACUAAUGCAGAGGGUGGAUUUGUGUCUAAUACGUUGCAAGAGGUAUAUGUUCCCAUAAUAGCGAAUGCAGAGUGCCGACAAACCAUUUACAAGCAACGAAUCACGGAUAACAUGCUAUGCGCGGGAGAGCCUGAAGGUGGACGUGACGCUUGCCAAGGAGACUCUGGUGGUCCUUUACAAAUCAAAAACUCUAACGCGCAGUUCCAGGAAGUUGGCAUUGUAUCGUGGGGUGAAGGCUGUGCCCGGCCCAACGUACCAGGAGUAUACACGCGUGUCAACAGAUACUUGAGUUGGUUAAAGAGCAACACUGGAGAUGCUUGCUAUUGCGAAUAAGUCAUCCAC